CCCUGUGAAGGAGAAUGGAAAGUUUGGCACUGGCCAGAGAGACGUCUCGAGAGGUGGUAGGACAGGUCGGUGAAGGUGGAGCCUCAUCACACAUCACCCUCCCUCUUUUUUUCCUUUCGCCCCCAAAACAAUAAAAGACUGAGCUCAAAACCAUUAAUCCGGCUGUUGUGAUCGCCGGUCCUGGGAAGGGGAAAGUGUGUGCGCGCUGUCCUGGAAAGGAGACGUCUCAUCGCGGGGUGACAGUGCACCCAUUCCCCAGCGGCGGUCAAGAGUUUCUGAAAAGGAAGAAAAACAACUUCGAAAGAAAAGUCGCAAUAAAAGGGGAAAUAAAAGCUUCAAGGAUCCUCAUUGGUUUUGUACAACAAUGAACUAUGUGGUGGAAUAGAAUCUGGCAUGAACAAUUUGAUGACUUUUGAAACUUUCUGCUUCUAAAUAGACUCACCAAACAAGUUCAAUGUCACAAAGACUCAACAUGGAAACCAGAGGGCAGUGAUCAUGGCUGACACGAUAUUUGGAAGUGGAACCGAUCAGUGGGUGUGUCCUAAUGACAGGCAACUUGCCCUUCGAGCCAAACUGAAAACUGGUUGGUCUGUGCACACCAAUGAGACCGAGAAACAGCGGCAAAAUCAGAUAUUAACUAAGAAGGAGAUUGCAGUCAUCCUCGAUGUCAUCAAAAGAGCAGAGAGCCUGGAUCAGAUUGAACAGAAGCGGAUUGGUCGCCUUGUUGAACGUUUAGAAAAUAUGAAGAAGAAUGUGAUGGGAAAUGGUCUAGCUCAAUGUUUGUUAUGCGGAGAGUUACUUGGAUUCCUGGGAUCAACAGCUGUUUUUUGUCAAGACUGCAGGAAGAAAGUCUGCGUAAAGUGUGGAAUUGAAACACUUGGGAGCCAGCGGAGACCCAUUUGGCUUUGCAAAAUAUGCAGUGAGGGAAGAGAGAUUUGGAAGAGGUCUGGAGCUUGGUUUUACAAGGGGUUGCCAAAAUACAUUCUGCCGCUGAAAAGCACUGCAAGAAACACCGAGCUGCAACUGCGCCCUAUUCAGAUGGAACACGGACAAAGUAUUAUUGUCAACCGAUCAUACAGUUGGGCUAAAGGAAGAGUUGUCUCCAGUGACAGUGAAAGUGAAUCAGAGUGCAGUAACUGCAGUCAAGAUGACAAUGUUUCAGCCAACAGCUCAAAGAACCACAAUACAGAAAAAGGAAGAGAGAAAUCUGGUAGGAAAAUGAAAGUUUCGAGCAAUGAGCCAACCAGUAGAACUGCAGCAAGCUAUAAAUUAACCAACACUUCGUCUGAGAGUCGGACCAGUCUUGGUAGUGAACAUGGAGGACAUUCAAGUACCACAGGGAGCUACAGUGGUGAUGGUCCUGGUGAUGACUGCAGUGAUUUUGACAAGAAUUCACUAGCAGAUGAAAGCAAGCAUGUCUGGCAGUUUGAUAAAACUAGAACACAAGGGCGCAACAUGGCAGAUACUGGAAUUCUGAAAUAAAAACAGAAAAUGCUGUGAGGCAGGUUGUCAUUGAGUGGGCCAGGGUCCAGGCAUCCUCCCAAUCUCUGUCAUCCAAGGAUUGCCCCUGUUCUCCUUCCCAAGACACCCGGGUUGGAGCUGUUGGUUCUGAUGUCAUAUGAAUAAAAGAAUUGUAUAAACUGA